AUGUCGCAUCUCUUAUCAGGUUUGAUUGAAAAAGCUAUCGAAGAGCUGGAUUACUUUUCCCAUUGUGGUGGUAAGCAUGGUUCGUUGUGUGGUGUAGCAUAUUUGAUUCUCUUGGCAGCAUUCAGGCAGCACAACGAAUUAUUGUAUCAAAGAGCAUUAUCAGUGAUUAAUGGUAAUUUAAAAAGUCGUUUGCAACAAAUUUGCAUAAGAGGUUGCGUGCUUCUCACGGAAGGAUUUCAUAUACAAUUUGUUGAUUUUUUACGGCCUGGUAUUUUGCUAUCUCUGCUAGAUGUUCAUGAACUGUUCAAUUUAAACGAUGAAUUAAAAGCACGCAUAUAUGGAAGUCUGAUAGAAAUUCACGGAAAAGCGAGCAACUUAAAUGGUCUACUAAGUUUAUGGGAAAGAGUGGUUGCAGAAAAGAAUCUGAAUAAUUAUAGAGUUGUGAUACUAAAACUUGGUCACUUUUAUGUUUGUAAUAAUUUCUCACUUCCCAAAGAUUUGCAGUAUUAUUUAAGACAAUAUCGAGAAUAAAC